CCAUUACAAUGUUUGAAAUGGAAAUACUUUUUCCUAGCACAUGAGAUCUACUUUACCCUUUGGCAUCUCUACCCGGUCAUGGCCUUAUACAUAGGUGGCUCAUGACAUCUUAUGCCUGAUCAUGACCCUAUUCAAGGAUGGCUCAUGACAUUAAGCCUAUUCCCAAAGCAAUAAGUGAAGCAUUAAACACUUUCACAGACUUGCAUUUACUCCCCUAACGGCCCCCAUAACUCCCACCUUAAAACCCCUGUCACCUUUUGCUCUCAAUAUCGAGUAGUCAUCAUCACAGUUCACAUAUAGAAAGGAAGGGAGAUACGUGAAGAGAAAGGGGAAAAAGGAUGGGAGGAAUACAGCACAGAAUGGUGAAUGUCAAUGGGAUAACAAUGCAUGUAGCAGAAAAAGGACAAGGACAAGUUAUCCUCUUCCUUCAUGGCUUCCCUGAACUGUGGUACACUUGGAGGCAUCAGAUUCUUGCUUUAAGCUCACUCGGAUACCACACUGUUGCACCCGAUCUCCGUGGCUAUGGUGACACUGAAGCUCCCAGUUCCAUCACUAGCUACUCUUGCAUGCACAUCGUUGGUGACCUCAUUGCACUCAUUGACUCCCUUGGUGUAGAGCAGGUGUUUCUGGUUGCUCAUGAUUGGGGUGCCAUAAUCGGAUGGUACCUGUGCUUGUUUCGGCCUGAUAGAGUCAAGGCUUUUGUGUGCCUCAGCGUCCCAUUCGUGCCAAGAAAACCAAAGAUGAAACCUUUGGAGAGCAUGAGGCUCUUCUUUGGAGAGGACUACUAUAUUUGCAGAUUUCAGGAACCUGGAAAGAUUGAAGCAGAGAUUGCUCGUUUUGGAACUUCAGAAGUGCUAAAGAAAAUCAUUUCCGGUCACAAACCAGGUCCCCUCUGCUUGCCUAAAGACAAUGCUUUCGGUAUUAAUCCAGAUAACCCAGUUACCUUACCCUCUUGGUUCUCUGAAGAAGAUCUUAGCUACUAUGCUGACAAAUUCAAUAAGAAAGGCUUCACUGGCGCCUUGAACUACUACAGAGCUUUUGAUUUGUAUGUUCCCUGGAAAACAUUUUUAACCAAUUCUGGUCUUUAUGGCAAAGCAUCCAAGUUAUUUCGUUUUCGUCAAACUUAUAUAGGUAAUUUGUUUUCUGUUUACUGCAGAAAUUGGGAGCUGACAGCCCCAUGGACAGAUGUACAAGUGAAAGCACCAGUUAAGUACAUAGUGGGGGAUCUUGACAGCGUCUAUACAACCCCAGGGAUGAAAGAAUAUGUACAAAGUGGUGGUUUCAAAAGAGACGUGCCUUUGUUAGAUGAAGUUGUGGUAAUGGAAGGGGUAGGUCAUUUCAUCAACCAAGAAAGAGCAGAGGAAAUUAACUCUCACAUUUAUGACUUCAUAAAAAAUUUCUAGUCAUCUAUGUUGUUUAUCUACUCUUUAUAGUCACCCUGUAGUAUGGUAGUCGAGAUAAGAAUGAAUCGUGAGGAGACUCU